CAAAGAUGAACCCAUAGUAGGGUUUUAUUCGGGCACCCUUGGAUUGGAUUGAGCUCCACCAGCAGCUACAAACCCACUAAAAUACUCCAAAUUCCGAUCAAUGUUUUGUUUUUUAGAUUGAUUCGUGUUGUUUCUCUUUUCUUUCUCAAUUUAGAUUUCUUGAACUUUUUUUAAUCAUCGUGAUUUCUUCUUUAUCUCUGUUAAUACUGUGCUCUGCUGUCUGGAGAAGAAGUUGUCGGACUCCUUCAGGGAGGAGGAUGUUAAUGUCCGCAAUCUUUGUAGCUGAGCUUCAAAGGUUUUGGAGCUUAAAUUGAUCAUAUACCUCAGAAGAAUGGUCUGUAAAUAUUCUACAAAAUUUUUGAAUAUUUGUGUAGCCUCAUUUUGUAAAUCUCAGCAAAUGCAGAAAGCUGAAGCUGUUAUAAUAGACGGCAUACGGAUAGGAGUUCUCCCUAAUGUAGUGACUUACAAUACAUUGAUUGAUGGCUAUUGUCGAUUUAGUGGCAUGGAUGCUGCUUAUUCUGUUCUUUAUAGAAUGAGGGAAGCUGGUAUAAGCCCAGAUGUUAUUACUUAUAAUUCUUUGAUAGCUGGUGCUACUAGGAAUUUCUCAUUAGAACAAUCCCUUGAUCUGUUUGAAGAAAUGCUUCAAUCGGGUAUCACUCCUGAUAUAUGGAGUUACAACACCUUGAUGCACUGUUUCUUCAUAUUAGGAAAGCCAGACGAAGCCUAUAGAGUUUUCAAGGACAUUAUACUCAAAGACCUUUCUCCUCAUCCGGUUACAUUUAAUACAAUGAUUAAUGGCCUUUGUAAACAUGGAUAUACAAGUAAUGCUGUUAUGUUAUUCAGAAAUUUACAACGCCAUGGAUUCAUUCCUCAAUUAGUUACAUAUAAUAUUCUUAUUAAUGGUCUUUGCAAGGUGAGUAGGUUGAGGGCUGCUAUAAGGAUGCUCAAUGAGGCCGUGGAUUCGGGUCUUGAGCCUAAUGCUGUAACAUACACAACCUUGAUGAAAAGCUGCUUUAGAUCUAGGCAAUAUGAACAUGGAUUUGAGAUUUUUUCUAAGAUGAAAAGCAAAGGAUAUGCUUUCGAUGGCUUUGCUUACUGCACAGUUAUUGGUGCUUUUCUUAAGUUAGGCAGGUUUGAAGAGGCAAAUUCUUGUACGGAACAGAUGAUAAAGAAUGAUGUAGGAAUUGAUAUGACUUUUUAUAACACACUCAUUAAUUUAUACUGUAAAGAAGGUAAGUUAGAGGCUGCAUAUAAGUUGCUUGAUCAGAUAGAGUCACGGGGACUAGAAUGCGACGACUACACUCAUUCUAUAAUAACUAAUGGGCUGUGCAGGGUUGGUAAUAUUGAGGGGGCCAUGCAACAUUUGAAUUGUGUGUAUACAACAGGUUUUGCGUCAAACUUGGUAGCCUUAAAUUGUCUAAUUGACAGGUUGUGCAAGGCUGGACAGAUUGACCGUGCAAUUAGAUUGUUUGAAUCGAUGGAAACAAGGGAUUCUUUUACCUAUACCUCCUUGGUGCACAAUCUUUGCAAGGCAAGGAGGUUCCGCUGUGCGUCGAAGUUAUUGAUUUCAUGUUCAAGAGGUGGCAUAAAGAUUCUUAGGGCUACACGACGUGCAGUUAUUGAUGGUCUUUAUUCUUCAGGAUUUACAAGUGAAGCGAGGAAGCUCAAAUUCAAAUUACAUUUGGCUCGACUUUUUCCUUGAUCAUCUGGGUCUGAAUAUUGCACCAGAUUAUAUAAUUACUUCAACUCUGAAAAUCAAUUUUUCUCUUCGUGGGCGAUGCAAGCAUCAAGUACUAUACAUUAACCCUCUUUCUCCCUCUCUCAAAUGAAUGAUGUUUGAGACAGGCAGCACUCAUCAUCUGAAGAAAUCUAGACGAGAAAACCAUGAGAGGACUAGCUAAUUGUUCCGAAUGAUGGCAGGAUGUUUGAGACAGGCAGCACUCAUCAUCUGAAGAAAUCUAGACGAGAAAACCAUGUGAGGACUAGCCAAUUGUUCCGAAUGAUUGGCUACACAUGGAAGAUGAAAUACCUGCAAAGUGAGGGCUGCAUCAGAGAUUUUUGCCUCAACGGAGGCUGUCCUUGAUUAUAAUCAUUCCGUUUUCAGAUUGAGGACCUCUACAUGUGUGAAGAUGAGAUUCCACGCCUUCUGCAUCAAAUUUGGGUACAAUAAGCUACGAAGAUCAACGACGGUGGAUCUGAUACCAGUGGUGGAUCCGUGGAUGGAGGAUAGGGAACAGUGGCGGAUCUAAUCUGGUGGCGACAAACUCUUAGCAAUAGGACACAAAUGUUGAUUUAGUAGAGGCUUAAUGGAGGGAGCAACGAGCGGGCAAAGCAGAGUGAGUCUACGCGACAGAUCUGGUACCAACCUACUGUUCUGGGUGGUUGAGGUUCUUCAAGCAUCUUGGUUCUAAGCGGGGUUGGGAAAGGUCCUUUGGGUAUAGUGGUUUUGGGCGGCAAGUUCUUUGAUUUAAGUUUCACAGAAAGAAAAAACUACUUAGUGUUGAGUUUCUUCUGAAUCAUUGUUGUUGGUUGGUCCUUGGAUUUCUAUUGAUUAAUCUCAGUUGAAUGAUGGAUUUGAUUUGAUAGUGUUGAGUUUACUGGAGCUUAGAAGAAAGAUCCCCUGAAACUACAAACAAAAGAAGAUGGGAAAAUUAUGCCUCUCUGUGCAAAAAAUUGAAGUGGUUUCAGAUCCUGGUAAAACGAUAACUGGUUUUGUUAAGAGAGGGGAUGAAUCUCAUCAGCUCGCCGGUUGAUCUUUGACUCUACCUGAUUCUCGAUCACAAAUUUCUAGAUCUGGGAGUCUGGAAAUGGAGACUGAGAGUGCAAAUAAGUUCGAAUUGUCGCUAGCUUCCACUCUCUUUCUGCUUGCCUCCGCCCCUUAGCGGCCAUAUGGGUUGAGACUCCUCUCUUCCAACUUUGAGCCUCCGAAAAGGGCAAUUUGUGAAUCUAUCUCACCUUGUGUGCUUUGCACAUGGAAAUGGAGUGGUGUAAUCCAUUCUAGUUAAGAGAUAACAAUAUUUUUUUAAUCUUUAAUUUUGUUUUGAUUAAUCAAUCAGUUUGAAGUUGAAAGGAAGCCCCUCAGUGUCUACUCUGUAAUUAUUGACAUGUCUCGUUUUUGUAUAGAUAACUGGAGCUUCUCCAUUGAUAAACAUCUUGAAUAUCGGGUAAUUCCAAAUGCUCUUCAUUCCCUUCAUUUGCUUGCUAUGUCCAUAGUUAGAGAUCUUAAUACAAAGGAAAAGUGUACUUUGUGCUGAUGGAUAUCCGGAUGAUUAUUGCCACUUGCCUUUUGACGGUGUGGCAGUUAAUCAAUUUCUGCACUGGACUUUGCAUGUCAAUCAAAUGUUAGAAUCAAUUUUAAA